AUGUUAAGCGCCCUGGUGCGCUCGACUGCAGGGCCUCGUCUCGCUCUACCUUCAUCUGGCCCGCGAAGCCGCGAUCUUCAUCGCUCAAAGUGAUCACCCGUACUGACUCCACGCACCCGUACUGCCACCAACAGCGCUGCGAUGAGCUUCUCUCGGUCAAGCAGCCCCUCGCGGCUUUGUCCUCCAUCUCCGAGGUGUUCUCGUCCAAGCGCUUCCGCACCACGCCCUUGUCCAUGCUCGAACCCAUCCUCAUCAAGUUCCUCGGACUCUGCGUCGACUUGCGCAAGGGCCGCACCGCCAAGGAGGGACUCCACAUCUACAAGAACGUGGCCCAAAACACCUCCGUCAGCUCUGUCGAGGUCGUCAUCACCAAGUUCCUCGAGCAGUCGCGUGCCAAGUUGACCGAGGCCCUCGCCAAGGUUGACGAGCUCGAAGGUCCCGCUCCCGAAAAGUCGACCGGCGCUGAUGGCGACAAGGACGAUGUCGAGGAUCUCGAGGCCAGUGAGACGCCCGAGAGCAUCUUGCUCAGCACCGUCUCGGAGGAGAAAUCGCGUGACCGCACCUACCGCACCCUCGUCACCCCUUGGUUGCGAUUCCUCUGGGAGGCGUACCGCACCGCGCUCGACACCCUGCGCAACAACGCCCGUCUCGAGGUCCUGUACCAGACCGUCUGCCACGACGCAUUCGCCUUCUGCCUCGAGCACCAGCGCAAGACCGAGUUCCGUCGCUUGGCCGAGACCUUGCGCUCGCACUUGACCUCGUCGCAAAAGUACUCGCACCAGUCCCAUUCGAUCAACCUUAACGACCCCGACACCCUCCAGCGUCACCUCGACACCCGCUUCGUGCAGCUCAACACCGCCGUCGAGCUCGAGCUCUGGCAAGAGGCGUUCCGCACCGCCGAGGACAUCCAUGCCCUCGUCGGCAUGUCCAAGCGCGCCCCCAAGGCCAGCAUGAUGGCGACCUUCUUCGACAAGAUGGUCAAGGUCUUCGGAGUUGGCCAGAACUACCUCUUCCACGCCGCCGCCUACAGCAAGCUCUACGCUCUGCACGCCGCCCGUGUGGCUGCCGUAGGCGAUAAGGCCGAGGACGCCGAGCUCGAGAAGCUUUCCUCGCUCGUCUUGCUUUCGGCCCUCGCAGUUCCCCUCGGCUCCGGUUUGCUCGGUGAGAGCGGGAAGCGUCGCGAGGUCUCCGAGGAAGGCGAGGCAAAGGGCAAGCUUGGCCGUCUCGCAGCCUUGCUUGGCUUGAACGCCGCUCCUACUCGCUCGGGUCUCCUCAACGAUGCCUUGUCGCGCCACGUCCUCAAGCGUGUCAGCCCCGAGUUGCGCGAGCUCUACAACAUCCUCGAGGUCGACUUCCACCCUUUGUCGAUCACGUCCAAGAUCGAGCCCAUCCUCGCCUCGCUGGCAGCCAAGCCCGAGACGGCCCGCUACGUCGAGCCCCUGAAGGACGUCGUUCUCGCCCGUUUGUUCGAGCAGCUCGCGCAGGUCUACGCCUCGCUCAAGAUCGAGCGCGUCGUUAAGCUCGCUUCGUUCGCUGCCUCUGAGCAGGUCGCUGCGACCCGUAUGCGCGUCGAGCGCUUCGUCACCGAGGCAUGCCGUCGUGGUGACCUCGACGUGACGAUCGACCACGCGACCGGCUCGAUCAAGUUCGACGAGGACCUGUUCAACGCCGACACCUCCGCCGCUCCGAUCGCUUCGACUUCGGCCGCACCCUACGAAGCCAAGUCGCUGCAGCCCUCUGCCGCCGCGCUCUUGCGUUCUCACCUCGCUCGCUUGGCCGCUUCUUUGCACGCGACCCUCGAUGCCGUCGCUCCCGAGCAUUCGCCCAUUUUUGCCGCCACCCAGGCUCGCGAAAAGGCUUUCGCCGCCUUCGCCGCCCAAGGUGCCGACGAGCGCGAGGCCCUCAUCGCGCGUGCGCAAAUCAUCAAGCGCCGCAAGGAGCUUGCCGAGGAGCAGAACGCCCGUGCCGAGAAGGAGGAGGCGCACCAACGCACCUUGCGUGCGGCCAAGAAGGCCGAGGAGGAUGCGCUUCGCCAAAAGAACGAGGUGCGCAACCGCGAACUCGUACGGGUGCGUCGCGAGGUCGAACAGGUCAAGCAGGCCGAGGCGGCCAAAAUCGCCGAAUCGCUCGUCAAGGGUGGUCUCAAGGUCGAUAUGGACAAGUUGCCCGAGCUCUCGGCUUCCGACUUGGUGCAGUUGCAAGUGCAACAGAUCGAGAAGGACAAGAAGGACUUGGCGCAGAAGUUGGCCGGCGUAAACAAGCGCCUCGAUUACCUCGAGCGAGCGUUCAGGAAGGAGGAGAUCCCGCUCGUCAAGCAGGACUACGAGCGUCAACAGACGCGCGAUCGUCUGGCCCACGAAUCUGCAAAGACCCAACGCGCCGAGCAGAACAAGAAGCAACACGCCGAAGCGUUGGCGAUCAAGCAGUCGCUUGCUCGUUUGAUGCCCGACUACAGGGCGUACAAAGAGAAGGCCGAGAAGGAGAGUCGUGCGGCGUACGAGGCCGAGGAGAAGCGAUUGGCCCAGGCGCUGGCGGCGGCCAAGGCCGAGCGCAGGCAACAGGUCUUGGACCAACGUCGACGCGAGCAAGAGGAAGAGCAGAGACGAGAGCAGGAGAAGGCCGAGCGUGCCGAGCGCGAGAGAGGUCAGUCGUUUGCUUCCCCACACACUGUUAUCGUUCCUCAUUGUGCGAACAGUUUAUUGAUAACUUCGCGUUUUUGUAUUACACAAAGCUGCCGCCGAGGCUCAGCGCGAAGAGGAGGAGCGCGAAGCCGCCGAAAAGGCCGCCAUCGAGGCCCGCCAACGCCAGAUGGAGGAGGAGGCCGAGGCCGCUCGUGCCGCCGCCCUCGCUGAACGAAAAGCCGAAAGAGAGAAGGAUCUUGAGACCGUUCGCUUGCGACAGCAACGCGAGGAGGAAGCCUUGGCCCGUCGUCAGAAUCGACAACCCUCGGGACCCCCUCCUGUUGGAUCUGCCGAAUGGAAGGCCGCGCGCGCACCCCCACCCGUCCCCGUCGUCGCUGCCUCGUCCGGUGCUCCCUCGGAGCGACCCCGCCUCAACCUUGCACCUCGUACCGCCCCUGUCCCCGCCGCCAACGGUGGUGCUCCCCCCGCUGCUGCUGCCGCUUCGUCUCCUGCUGCCGAGCCGACUCGUCCCAGUGGACCCCCUCGUCUCGUCGGCGUCGGAGGAGACAAGCCCUCGUGGCGCGAGCGUGAGGCCGCCCGAGCGGCCAGUGGUGGAGCCCCGACCGGACCCCCUACCUCGGCGACUCCCCCACCGCAACAACAAGCCGCCUCAGGCCCUCCUCAAGUCGGUGGUGGUAAAUGGACUCGACGUGCAACUGGAGAAGCACCCACCGAGGGUGCUGCACGACAGUCGUCGGGCUCGUACCGCCCUCCUGCCGCGAGGACCAACGCGCCCAAAGAAGAGCCCCGAAAGUCUUCGGGUCGUUGGUAG